GUCGCGGGGCGCUCUCGCUGGGGUUGAGGGGCGAUGCUGUGGAUGCUGGCCAGGGCGGUGGCUUUUCGGAGACCCGGCCGAGGCCUGGCCGGCGGGAGGGGGCUGUGGACCGGCCGCCCGCAGUCAGAUUGUGACAGUAUGAAGCCCCUGGAGGGUGUGAGAAUUCUGGAUCUAACAAGAGUACUGGCAGGACCCUUUGCCACGAUGAAUUUAGGAGAUCUUGGAGCAGAAGUUAUAAAAGUUGAAAGACCAGGAGCUGGUGAUGACACACGAUCUUGGGGACCUCCUUUUGUGAACACUGAAAGUACAUAUUUUCUUAGUGUUAAUCGAAAUAAAAAAAGUAUAGCUGUUAAUAUCAAGGAUCCAAGAGGAGUGAGAAUCGUCAAAGAGCUUGCAGCCAUUUGUGAUGUGUUUGUGGAAAACUAUGUUCCUGGGAAACUUUCUGAGAUGGGCCUAGGAUAUGAAGAUAUAGAUAAGAUUGCUCCUCACAUCAUCUACUGCUCCAUCACAGGAUAUGGCCAGACAGGGCCCAUGUCUCACAGAGCAGGUUAUGAUGCUAUUGCUUCUGCUAUGUCUGGUCUAAUGCACAUCACAGGACCUGAGGAUGGAGAUCCUGUUCGCCCUGGAGUGGCCAUGACUGACCUCGCCACUGGUCUUUUUGCUUAUGGGGCCAUUAUGGCUGGCCUCCUACAACGUUAUAGAACUGGAAAAGGACUGUUCAUUGAUUGUAAUCUGCUGUCAUCACAGGUGGCAUGUUUGACCCAAGUAGCUGCUAAUUAUCUUAUUGGACAAAAGGAAGCGAAACGCUGGGGCACAGCUCAUGGCAGUAUUGUUCCUUAUCAGGCUUUUAAAACCAAGGAUGGCUAUCUUGUAAUUGGAGCAGGAAAUAACCAACAGUUUGCUGUGGUAUGCAAGAUCUUGAAUUUGCCUGAACUGAUCGAUGAUUGCAAGUAUAGAACGAACCAUCUUCGGGUACAGAAUAGAAAAGAGCUUGUGAAAAUCCUUUCAGCACGGUUUGCAGAAGAAGUGACUGCCAAGUGGCUUUGUCUCUUUGAAGGAAGUGGGAUCCCAUAUGGACCAAUCAACAGCCUGAAGGAUGUGUUUUCAGAAGCCCAGGUAUUGCACAAUGGCCUUGUUAUGGAGAUGAAUCAUCCAACUGUGGGGAAGAUUUCAGUCCCAGGUCCAGCUGUGAGAUACAGCAAGUUCAAGAUGUCAGAGGCAAAGCCACCUCCCCUGCUGGGACAGCAUACAAGGCAUAUCCUGAAGGAGGUCCUCAGAUAUGAUGAGGGGGCUAUUGAGAAGCUACUCUGCUCUGGUGUGAUAGAGCAACAUGAAACCAAGUGACAGAGGAGAAUGCAUCAGAAAACUGCAGCUGGCUGGCCCAGACAGUGAGUGCUCUGUGCAUGCCUUUCCCAGUCUUGAUCCUACUACAAAGCAUGGUGAGGAGAACUACAGACUACCUGCCUGGCAUCUCUGGGGUAACUUUAGGAUUAAAGUCUAGUGCCCAUUUAAAAACUUACUGUUUUGACUUUUCCCCCCAGAAAAUAAUUUAAUCAUUGAUUUAUGGAAUUUGAUUAAUUCUAUAUUUUUCAUCCUAAAGGUAUAAUAACUGGUGUUGGAAUGUUGCUUUCAUUUAAUUCUUCCACAAUGUAUAAUGUAUGGAAACAUCAAAUUAUAAAUUGUAGUUUUGAUUUGUCAAUUGAAAAUAAAGCAAAACCUAAAAAAAA